AUGUUCGGAUCAUACUUUCCGGCAUUUGUCAUUACACUACCCAGAGAGUUAGAUUUAUUUGGAAAACACUACUAUUGCAUUCCUCAUUGUUUCUUUUUUCUUCUUCCUAUCUAUCUAUCUAUCUAUCUAUCUAUCUAUCUAUCUAUCUAUCUAUCUCAGUCUCUUCAUCUAUCUAUCUAUCUAUCUAUCUAUCUAUCUAUCUAUCUAUCUAUCUAUCUAUCUAAGUUUCUUCAUAUCUAUCUAUCUAUCUAUCUAUCUAUCUAUCUAUCUAUCUAUCUAUCUCAGUCUCUUCAUAUCUAUCUAUCUAUCUAUCUAUCUAUCUAUCUAAAACUAAAAGUCUGUGCAUCAUGCAUACGUCAGGCGCAUGAUUAUUUAAGUUUCUUUCUACCUCUCUCUCUCUCUCUCUCUUUCCACCUCUCUCUUUCCAUCUCUCUCUCUUUCCAUCUCUCUCUCUCUCUCCUUCCACCUCUCUCUCUUUCCAGCUUUCUCCUUCCACCUCUGUGA